AUGACACUAUCAUCGAAACUUCAAUUAGCCUAUUAUAUUAUGAUUGCAUUAACGGGUCUUAUUGGUAAUACAACUACAAUCAUUGUUUUUUCUCAAAGACGAUUACGUUCAUUACGUUCAUCAUUUUUUCUUACUUGUCUCGCUGUAACUGAUCUUAUAUUUAUACUUAUACUUGUUCUGGCUUUACUUGAUGAAUUAAAUGUACCAAUUAUGACUGCACCUGUUUGUAUGUUAACAAUUUAUUUAAGUCAUAUAGCAUCAUUUUUAUCAUCAAAUUUCACAUUAGCUUAUACAAGUCAUCGUCUUAUAGCUGUCUUCUUUCCAAUAAAAGCAACAACUUUUUUAAAACAACGUACAAAUCGUAUAUUAGCAUUAACAUUAUUAAUAUUUGCAUGUUUAUUUUAUUCAUUAUCAUUUCCUGUAACAACAACAAAAUUUCGUUCAAAUUCAACAAAUAUUGUUUAUUGUGAAGAAGACCGAGAUAAACCAUUAUUAUUUCCAUUUCUUGUUAUGGAUACAUUAUUUACAUUUAUUAUACCAUUUUCAUGUAUAUCAUGCAUGAAUUUAGCUAUUGUUUAUAAACUUCAUUCAAAAUUUACAUAUAAAUUAAAAUCACCUACAUCAAAAACACAAACACCAAUUAUUUAUCCAUCAGUGAAGUCAUCAAGUAAUUCAUCAGGCCAAUCAGUUUCGGAUGCUCUUCCAUUAUCUCAAUUGAGUAAUGGAAAUAUUAGUAAUGCUACUAAUACAAAUGGUAGUCCAAAUAAUAAUAAUAUUUAUAGUGAAACAAAUCAUCUUAUUAAACAACAAAACAGUUCUCUUUUAUGUGUUAGACCGUUAGAACAACACAAAAGAACCAGAAGUAAUACGUCGAUAACGUCUAAUUCGUCAACAAGAAAUAUUCCAUUAUAUCAGAGAAAUACAUCAAUUGGAAUACGCUCGACUCAAUGUCGAGCAACAGCAUCAGCUAAAACAACUAAAAUGCUUUUAGCUGCAUCAACUGUGUUUUUGGUUUUUAAUUUGCCUUACCAUUUAUUAUUAUUCUGCUUUUUAUUCAUUCAAAAAGAACCACCAUGGAUGCUUAGUGCAGUAAAUGUAGCUCGUCUUUGGUUUUUUGCAUCAUUUUGUGUAAAUUUCUUCGUUUAUGUUAUAUGUGGUCAACGUUUUCGUAGUGAAGUUGUUCGUCUCUUUAGUUGUACAUUACUCCGACAACAUUUCAUAUCACAUCAACAAAAAACUCAAGAUCGCCAACUCAGCAUUUAUUUAGGCCAUCGUCUAAUAAGAAUUUCAUCAACACAUCUAUCUCAUUAA